CCAAAUUGUUGGCUUCAUCUCUUAUCUGAGUUCUGCCUCUGCUGCCGUCGCAUCUUUCUCUCUCCCGCUUCUGACACAGUGAGAUCUCAUCAGCAGGAUGCCUGAGCACGUGCAAGAGAGGAAGCCGAAGAUCUCCGCUUCAAGGAAGUUGAUGCUCAAGAGUCUGAUGGUGGCAAAGGCCAAGGAGGAAUUGGAACAGGAAGUUGUUGUCAAAGAGGAGGAGAAACAGAACUAUCUGUCAGAGAGAGCUCCUCCUCUGAACACCAGCGGCCUGAGCCUCGGACAGCUACAGGAACUCUGCAGAGAUCUCCAUGCCAAAAUAGAUGUGGUGGAUGAGGAGCGAUACGACAUUGAAGCCAAAGUGACGCUCAACAAACGGGAGAUCAAAGACCUGAACCUCAAGGUUUUGGACCUCAGGGGGAAAUUCAAGAGACCUAGUCUUCGUCGUGUUCGGGUGUCUGCUGACGCCAUCCUUCGCUCGCUGCUGGGCUCUAAGCACAAAGUCUCCAUGGACCUCCGGGCCAACCUCAAAUCUGUGAAGAAAGAGGACACUGAGAAGAAGAGGCCAGUAGAGGACAGCGACUGGAGGAAGAAUGUGGAGGCCAUGUCAGGGAUGGAGGGAAGGAAGAAGAUGUUUGAUGCAGCUAAGGGUCCUGCGUAGUGAACCCAGACGUCAUCUGAAUCAAUUAUAUUUCCAGUAUAUUGCAGAUUAUGCAUUUCUCUUUAAUGCUUUUCAUUUAGUGUAUGCUUAUUUAGUGAAUGCUCCCUGAAAGAUUUUCCACACUUUCCUUAAAGGUGGGGUAGGUAAUUUUGGAGAAACCA